AUGUUCACCUGUACAGGAAAUGAAACCCCGGACCAGCACCCUGGACCCCCCAUCCAAGACCACAGCACCACCAACCUCAAUGCCCACCACAGCCAGCUUCAGACCCACCCAGACAAGGCCUACCACUCCUCCCCCCCACCGCAGACCCACACCUGGAGGAGCCACAGCCCGGCAGGCAGACCUACCACUCCCCCCCCUCGCCCCACUGCAGACCCACACCUGGAGGAGCCACAGCCCGGCAGGCAGACCUACCACUCCCCCCCCACCACAGACCCACACUUGGAGGAGCCACAGCCCGGCAGGCAGACCUACCACCCCCCUUCCCCCACCCACCCACCGCAGACCCACACCUGGAGGAGCCACAGCCCUGCAGGCAGAGCUACUCACAGUCUGCCAAGGGUCAUGAGACCCUACUUCAAUGAAGAGAGUUUCUCCAUUCUAGAGGGGGAGAUGAGUCACUUUCAGGCCCAAGGCAACGAUUUUGAUGACUUUAUCUUUGCGUUCUUUGCGGUGGAGAUGGUCAUCAAGAUGGUGGCGCUGGGCAUCUUCGGCAAGAAGCGUUAUCUAGGAGACACCUGGAACAGACUCGACUUCUUCAUCGUGCUGGCCGGGAUGCUGGAGUAUUCUCUGAACCUGCAGAAUGUCAGUUUCUCGGCAGUGAGAACAGUUCGAGUUCUGAGACCCCUCCGAGCCAUCAACAGAGUGCCUAGUAUGCGUAUCCUGGUGACCCUGCUCUUGGACACCCUGCCCAUGCUGGGGAACGUCCUGCUGCUCUGUUUCUUCGUCUUCUUCAUCUUCGGCAUCGUGGGUGUUCAGCUGUGGGCGGGGCUACUGAGGAACCGCUGCUUCCUGCCCGAGAACUUCUCACUUCCUCUGUCCAUUGAACUAGAGACCUACUACCACACAGAGAACGAUGACGAGAGUCCCUUCAUCUGCUCCAUGCCCAGGGAGAACGGCAUGCGCCUGUGUUCCUCUGUGCCCACCCUGUAUGAGGAGGGAGGUCUCCAGUGUCAGAUGGACAUGAAGUCCUACAACAGCACAGACAACAGGACCUGUAUCAACUGGAACCAGUACUACAGUAACUGCUCGGCGGGACACGUCAACCCCUUCAAAGGAGCCAUCAACUUUGAUAACAUCUGCUACGCCUGGAUCGCCAUCUUUCAGGUGAUCACUCUGGAGGGAUGGGUGGACAUCAUGUACUUUGUGAUGGAUUCUCACUCCUUCUACAACUUCAUCUACUUCAUCCUCCUCAUCAUCAUUGGAUCUUUCUUCAUGAUCAACCUGUGUCUGGUCGUCAUCGCCACCCAGUUCAGUGAGACCAAGCAGAGGGAGAGCCAGCUGAUGAGGGAACAGCGCAUCCGUUUCCUGUCCAAUGCUAGUACCCUGGCCUCCUUCUCUGAGCCGGGCUCCUGCUACGAUGAGCUACUCAAACUCCUGGUCCACGUCAUCCACAAGGGGUUCAGGCAGGUGGCCCAUGUCUGCCGGGCCAUGAUGCGCCGUGCGGGGAUGAACAUCGUAGCCUCUCCUCCUGCCCUGGAGAGAGAGAGAGAACGGGGGAGUCAGAGAAAGAGGAGGAAGACUUCGAGACAGGGUUCUGUGGUCUCCACAAAAGGGGCUAUGUCCGUUCAUUACUUGGUUCACCAACAUCACCAUCAUCAUUAUCACUAUCACUUAGUGAACGGGAGUGUGAGAGGAAGACUAGGGGGAAGAGGGGUGGCGGGGGUCGGGGGAGGAGGGGAAGUGGAGAUGGGUUCCCAUAGCAACAACGGGGGCACUGGACGUCUCAUGCUGGGUCCUCUUCAGUCUGACCUGUCACCGGCCAAUCCCGCUCUGGGAACCGGCAGUGGCAACUCGUCAUCAGUGCGGAGUACGUUACACACAGACUGCCACCUGGAGCCCAGCACCCCCACACUCCUCGCCCCCACCCCCUUCUCCCUGGCCCCUACGCCCAUGUCCAGGCCUAUGAAGAGGAACUCGGUGCCGUUCGCUGGUCCCAGACCUAAAAACUACCCCACCCUACAGCCCAGCACGCUAAUGGAGUUUAGAAGUGGCAGUGUUACAGCUAAUUCCAUUAGUAAUAUAAACCUCAAUAUACCCUCUCUACCCCUGGAGAGAGGACCGCCGAGUGUGUUAGAUGCACACACACCCACAGCCCAGCUCUCACCACAUGACCUGAGUGCCAUCGGAACCCUGGACCCCUCGUUCACCUUUGACCCUGAGUCGUGCCCCUACUGUGUCAAGGCUCUGUCCGGGGAGUCAGAAGGCACAGAUGGAAACGAGACCCCCGGGGAAUCAGACAGCGAGGGCGUCUACGAGUUCACCCUGGACCUCCACCACAGGGACCGCAGGGACCGUCGGGACAGCCGUCAGCCCAGGAAGAGGCAGCGAAAGCUGGGUACCACGGUGGGGAGAGUGGUCCGGGCCUGGAGGCUGGUGUGUGAUACAUUUAGGAAGAUAGUGGACAGCAAGUAUUUUGGAAGAGGAAUCAUGAUCGCCAUUCUGAUUAAUACACUGAGUAUGGGGAUUGAGUAUCACGAACAGCCUGAUGAGCUGACCAAUGCUUUGGAGAUCAGUAACAUAGUGUUCACCAGUCUAUUUGCCUUGGAGAUGUUACUCAAGGUGCUGGUGUAUGGCCCGUUUGGUUACAUCAAAAACCCUUACAACAUCUUCGACGGAGUCAUAGUGGUCAUCAGUGUAUGGGAGAUCGUGGGCCAGCAGGGCGGUGGUCUGUCUGUGUUGCGUACCUUCAGACUGAUGCGUGUGUUGAAGCUGGUGCGCUUCAUGCCCGCUCUGCAGAGGCAGCUGGUGGUGCUGAUGAAGACCAUGGACAAUGUGGCCACCUUCUGUAUGCUACUCAUGCUCUUCAUCUUCAUCUUCAGGUAGCUAUGGGCCUGCACAAAUGUGGAAU